GUCUCUCGUUCUCCUUUUCCCCUGAAGUUUCCAGCGAUUCUCUCCGCUCUGGGUCUAAGCUACUCGUCUGCAGUGAAUCACGCCUUGAUCUGCACAGAAAGAGCACACUCCGGAGCUGGGGAGUCGUCUGUCUGCUUCAGAUACAACCUCGUCUUGAGUCCUCCAGUUUAAGCGCAAUCCGGCACCACUCUGCUGCUGCUGCUGCCACUCGGUCUCAAGCUCUUUUUGCGAUGGCCCCGGCAAUGGGACAGUCACUCCUUUGUGGAGCAUGGGUUCUCUUUGCUCUAUUGAGUUUCGUGGAUGCGACGGUGCUCUUCUCUACACUGCCGAGGACUCUCGCGGUGGAAGACGAGAUUCAGAAUCAGGUGCCCGCGAUGGGACUGGCAAAAGCAGGCGACGACCACCUGGUGAUCAGAUGGGUUCUGAACGCUACUACCCAGGAACCAGCAGCUCCUGGCCUCGAUGCAUCGUACGAGAAGGUGAGCUUGAAGCUGUGCUACGCACCUGUGAGCCAAGUGGAACGAGGCUGGAGAAAGAAGAAUGAUGACCUUCACAAGGACAAGACCUGCUCCAAGGCCAUCGCCACACAGAAGUAUACAUCCUUGGGAAACAGCACCGUAUGGAGAAUCACCAAGGACGUUCCCGGAGCUGUGUACUUCGUUCGUGCAUACGUGUUGAAUUCAAACGGGACCCAAGUGGCUUAUGGCCAGACCAGGAACUUGAUCACAAUCGAGCCCAUCUCCGGGAGACAUGCAUCGAUCGACGUAGCUGCUGCCAUCUUCUCUGCAUUCUCUGUGGGGUCUUUGAUCUUUUUCCUCGCUCUCGAGAACAUGAGAGGCAAGCGCUCGAGCGGUAAUAAGUAGUUUAGUUUAGCGCCGAUUGAAUAGAUUUGCCAAGUUAAUUAGAUCAGGAACUGUUGAGACUCCUCCAGUGAAGAAGAAUUUGCCGAUUAUUCUGCAAAGAGACGGUAGAUGAUAGCGAUUCUGUAGAGACGCUUCCAUCCUUGGUGAUUUCUUCUUGAAUCAUGUCAAAUGGCACAUUCAAU